GGACGUGGUGGCGUCGGUGAUCCUGAACGGCGACGAGCUGAAGCGCGAGGGCCGCUCGCACCUGAGCAUCAACAGCCUGUCCGUGGACCUGAGCAUCGGCCACGCCGCCGUGCACCUCGACGGCCUCUUCGACAACGACCCGGAGCUCGAGGAGGCCAUGAACCUGUUCCUGAACGACAACUGGCGCAACGUGGCUGCGGAGAUGCGGCCGGCGCUGGAGCAGGCCGUGGCCGACCUGUGUAUGCACCUGGCACGGAGCGUCUUCGACAGCUUCACUCUGGAGCAGCUGCUGCCCCCCUAGGCCUCCCCGCACCGCCCCGCCCCGCCCUCGUCGCUCUGCCCUGCAAUUGACGCAAUCAUCGGUUUCUAUCUGUAAUGUCCGUGCGAUGCACACAAUAAGGGUUGGCAAAAAAUGGACCGUGAAAUUACGUGAACUUGGCUGUAAGGCUGGAAAGUGUCGUGCGGUAAUGCAGAAGGAGAAAUCGCAAAUCCCAGGGUUCAACAACCUACCUGUUAAUUAUGAUAUUACGUAUAAUGUUUAGAACGUACCGUAAUUGAAUGGCUUGAAUAACACCGAGUUUGCAAGUUGUCUUGUUUACGUAUUAUGUUGCGUAACUAUUCACUAAUUAUUAUCAUUAUUCUUUGAUAAUUAAUUCACCAUAUUAGAGAAAUAAUUGAAUAAUAG